GAUGUUUACCAGGUGCGCACUUCACCGCACCAACUCCUACGGUCUCGUUAAUGUACGCAUUUUAUAGGCUACUCACACAACACACUCCAGGUUCUAUAGAGUAUCGUAAGUAUCGUUAUUAGCAACAAUACUACAGCACUAUAUAAACAUAUCUAUUCAACACUCAGAUUUCUGCAAGUAUAGUCUACACAAGUCGUCGUCGUCAUCAUCAUCAAAUCAAUCUAAUUAAGCUAGGGUUUCAGAAAGCAAGCUCGAAAGCAUCCAUGGCGGAGUGGCAGCCCUAUCUUCAAUCAAUAAUCAUCGGCUUCAUAUUCUCCUUCCUUCUCGCCAAGCUCUUCUCCAUCAUCUUCGCCUUCCGCGACGACAAUCUCCGAAUCGCCCGCGCCGACUCGGCCGAGUUAGGCGACGCGGUCGCCGAGUCCGAGGACUCGUCGGCGGCGGAGAUUCCUAGGGUUUCGGAAGAGGAAAAGCUGAUUGGCGAAGAGGAGAGAGCGAAGUACGAUACGAGUAGUGUUGAUGAUAGUGAUGAUGAUUGGGAAGGCGUUGAGAGUACUGAAUUGGAUGAGGCGUUUAGUGCUGCUACUGCAUUUGUGGCGACUACUGCUGCUGAUCGAUCGGCGUCGAAAGUGUCGAAUGAUUUGCAGUUGCAGCUGUACGCGUUUUAUAAGAUCGCGACGGAAGGUCCGUGCAGUACUCCACAGCCGUCUGCAAUUAAAAUGACUGCUAGAGCCAAGUGGCAAGCAUGGAAGAAAUUGGGUGCAAUGCCACCAGAAGAAGCAAUGCAGAAAUAUAUUGCAAUUGUGACAGAGUUGUUUCCUACUUGGCUUGAUGGUGCCCCAGUUAAGAGAAAAAGUGAAGGUAGCGAUACACAGCAUGUGGAUUCGAAAGGGCCAAUGGGACCUGUUUUUAGCUCACAUGUUUACGAGGAAGAAUCUGCAGAUAAUAUAAAAUUGGACGCCAUUCACGCUUUCGCAAGAGAAGGAGAACUGGAUAGCUUGAUUAAACGUAUCGAGAGCGGUGUUUCAGUGGAUCUUAAGGAUAGUGAAGGACGCACUGCACUACACUGGGCUGUUGAUCGUGGUCAUCUGAACAUUACUGAAGCCCUUGUUAAGGAAAAGGCGGAUAUAAAUGCGAAGGACAAUGAAGGCCAAACCCCAUUGCAUUAUGCUGCUGUUUGUGAGAGAGAAUCCAUAGCAAAGUUUCUUGUGAAGGAAAACGCUGACAUGAACAUUAAGGAUGAUGAGAACAAUCGUCCCUCUGAUCUGUGUGACCUGAACUGGCCUUGGAUGCAACACACGGAGACUGAAUGAUUAUAGCAAAGACAUGCUGAUCAACAGUUUCUUAUCUUUUAUUGAUUUCUAGCAGAUGAAUCUAUUGGUACUUGUUUUGUUAAAUGUAGCAGGUGCAAAUUAGAAUAUCCAGAUUGUGUCUUAACAUGGAUCAAAAGAAUAUUUCUUUUACCUAUAUAUUCCUUUAAAUGUCUGGGUUCUUCA